GUUGGUUAUCUGUGCGGUAGACGUUGUUUGUCUACAAGCUCAAGAGUUAAAGCUGUGACAGAAUCAGUCAAAUCAAUCUUUUUUAAUAGCAUUUUUGAGAUAAGAGUUCUUAGAGUUCUUUUUAUUUUACUGAUAGGAACAUAAAACAAAAAUAAGCGUGUGUCAGAAACGGUGCAAACAAUUGUGGAUUCUAAGUAGUGCUUUAGAUUUCUGCGACUAUGUCAGGAUUUAAAAUCUGACGCGUGAAGAAGUGUUAACAAAAAGAAAGUUCUAGACACUCGGUAAGAUCAACAUUUUAGAUCAGUCGGAUUUGAACAAAGGUUAUUGCCCCUCUUAGACAGGACACAAACAUGCACCCAAAGGAGCGUGGCGGAAAGCUGUUAGAUGCCCUGUUAGCGGGCAAGGACGAGGAUGCUCGCCAGCUGCUCAACGUCCGCUCACUGCGAGACAUAGACUUCACCGUGGAAAAUAGGGGGGACAACCCGCUCCACCUUGCGGCGCGGCGCGGCAAACUCGAGCUCGUUAAGUUGAUGGAAGCGGUAGGGGAGGACCUGCAGAGAACAAACAUGCACGGGAACACGGCGAUGCACUACGCAGCGCGGGGUGGCUAUCUCGACCUUGUCCGAUACCUGAAACACCGGAAAUGCGCUCUAAACCCCCUCAAUCAACUCGAGGGUGACGCGCCACUACACAAAGCUAUACUCUCCCAGACCAUGGACGUCAUAGAGACGCUUGUCGACCUCGGCAUGGACCCGAACGUGAAGAAUAAACUGACGGGAGAUACGCCGCUCCACACGGCGCUGGCGACCGGAGCACAGGAAGCCAUGGAAGGACUGCUCAUUAAAGGCGCCAAUACCGCUGCCACUAACAAUGAGAAAAAGAGGCCUGAAGAUGUCGCAAAGAACAGCUCCAUCCGGGAGAAUCUACGUAUGUAUGCCACCCUGCUGAUCGCUAUGAGCGCCGGGUACAUACAGGCCAAAGGAAUGAAAAUCAGCAGACGUCAAGUGGAAAAGGCAAUGAAAAUCGAGCGUGUCGGGGUCAUAAUCACAAAGUUUGACAUUCCUGGGGAGUUUCCGACGGGGUUUUACUGCCGCCGGGAAAAGGCGGAAAACAGCUCGAUGUCCUUGCCCCAGCACGCUGAAGAGACGGUUCUGAGCGACGUGUUUCACAUCCGGGUGUUCGAAGUGAACAAGGACUGUCCGGCUGUAAUCCACCUCCCGCUGUACAAGGCACCCUCUGAAAAGGAGCAGAUGGUCCUCAGGUUCAUCAACUGCAAGGACGAGGACCGGUCUGUGGAGGCCUGUGUCACAGAGAAUAAGGUUCACUACUGCCCCCUGGAGGUGGUGCUUGUACCAGAAACCAACUGUGUAUGCGUGGUGUUCCUCCGUCCGCGGCGCGAGGAGAAUCGUGUCUGCGCAGACGAGGGGACUAGCAUCACCUCCGACAUGGAGCAGCAGUUUCGACUGGAUGUGACCGCGGGGACCUUCGAGGAGGACACUGUGCUCAGUCUGCAGGUGUAUGAGACGCACGACGAGGGCGGGGAGGAGUCGGUUGAGGAGCUGGAGCCGGGCGGUGACCAGCCAGGGGGUUCUGGUGGUAAGGCCCCGGAUAAACCUGCCUCGCGAGGACAGAUGAAAUCCGGAAAGAGUGACUCUCGGACAUCCAAAACAAAAGCCGUCAGACCUCCGCCGGUCGUGCAAAAUCCAAACUUGCUGACGGACGUCUAUCAAAUAAAUGUUCAAGGAAAGCAGCCCAAAAAGGGCGUGCAUGUACAGAUCCCGAUGUGUGCCGGUAUGCGGCCGGAUGACGAGAUUGCGGUGGUUUGCGCGGACGAGGGGCUGCUGGAGGCAAGCGAUGAAGCCCUCGAGGUGCUCCCCCUUAAACCGAGAGUAGUGGACUGUAACAUCAUCUUUGAAGUGACGCACUUCAGCAUCUACGUGGCGACGUGGAAAAAGAAGGUCGGGACGUCGGAGGAGCGGCAGCAGCUGCAGCGGCAGAUCAGUAGCGCGCGGGAGAAGCGCCGCCCAGCCGCCUUCUUCACCGUCAUCCGGAAGGACGACACCGAUCCCGCCGGUCGGCGGCACAUUCUGGUAGUCGAGUGUGUCCAGGCAAGCAGGAGCGAUGAGCGGCGGGCGCGCUGGCUGGAGCGCGACUACGAUGAGCAGAAUCCGCCGGAAACGGGCGCCAUUAUGAUGACUCCUGGCGACACAUUCUUCGUGGACGUCAUCGGGAACUCUAGCCUUGAGGAUAAGUCAGACUCUACUGGGCGGAGGUUGCAGUUUUCUCAGUGCCGCUCCAGCUUUCAAGCCUUUCGUAUUAUCCUCCAUGACGGCAUUUACGACGCCGACCAAGCGUUCGGCCACGUUGUCAUAUCCCAGAAGACGGACGAAGGACUGGAGGAGGCCGCCCGGCUCCGGGUCCGCCUAACGCCUCCACCGCCACCGCCAAAGACCCCCACCAGUGCUAUUCAAGAUUUCUCCCGUAAACAGGCAGACCACCGGCCACCCAGGUCCGUGUCGGACACCAUCCUCGGCUUCCUCCGCCUCACGCCCCGGUCGUCCACUCCCGCCGCCUCGAAGUGACCACCGCAACCAUCCCAGGCAGACGUGGGACAAUAAGCGCUUUAUGCAUCGCUUUUGUCGUAGAGACAAUAAAGAAGAGACUCAUUCGUGAUUUUAUUUGGCAAUCAUAUUUGUUCAUUUUUUUCUAAAAAUAUUCUUCAAACGUAAUUUCCUCGUGAAAUAUUUUUCCUAAUGAUUUUAUUAGAAUAAUUUGUUUUAAUUUUGAGAUUGUAGAAUAGAUUGUUAAUUGUAACAGUAGACUAAUAUUUUCAGUGACAAUUAAUAUAAUUAUAUUUCAUGAUAUCGUGUUAUCGACAUAUCUACUUGUAUGUUUUAACUGUAUAUAAAUUAUUUAUUUGAUAUAAGUUAUCAAACGACGACCAAGUCUAUGACAAUUUUCAUAUCGCUUGAAGUCUAUUGUUCUUAUUAAAGGCUAAACA